CUCAAUGGAACACUGUCACGGGGUGUCUGGUGUCGGUGACACCUUGACGGCUGGGCUCGCAGUCGGCUCGGGAUCGCUGGGACCAAGCCCAAGCCCCGGCGGAAGCCCCCUGUUGCUUAACUCAGCGUGUGGCGGGGCGGUAUCGCACCCAUGGAGGCGGCACUUGGGCGCGUGGGCCGUGUCCAGGCCUGCCCUGGGUGUUCGUGGUGGUCGGCUGCCAACAUGCGGCGAGCGGCAGGAAGCCGGAACGACUUGUUGAACUCAGCAUUUUUCUUCUCGGACAGAUCUUCAGAUGAAGAAGGCAUCUGCCACUGGAUCUCAGUAUUAGAUUAGAUUAGAGCUUAAUUUCCCAUCCCUUUACAACGGUAUGUUGAGUAUUUCUCACCCUGACCCAAGUAAAAGCUUCCUCGCACGCCCCUCUUCCCCACACUGCCGCAGUGUGGUUGAUACACCCCCGCCAGCCAUCCAAGCAGGGCCAGGCUUUAGGCCUUUCUUAAAUAAAGCCUGAAACAACCUGUCCAUCAGCUGCCUUGAUCUCUGACCUGCAUUCUCCCUACUGUCAACUUCCACCACCCGUAUCUCUCCGCCCACGCUCUUUCUUGCGGCAGAACAGCCCUUGUUUUUGUUAACUUUGGUCUGGAUUUCCCGACGCUGUCACUGGAGUUUUUGCAACUUUCGGUCAUAGUUUUCCUACCUCUACGAGUCACACACACCCACCCCAACCAACCCGCCCACCAUGUCCAAGGUGAGCAAGGCCACGGCCGCGAAGACGCGGCUCCUGGGGGAGAUGAAGACCUUGCGACAGGAGAAGUGGAUUCAUUUUGACGAUAACGAAGACAUUAACAUCAUGAAAUGGAGGUUCGCCCUCAUGGUGAUCAACUCCGACUCGGUUUUCAACGGCGCCUACCUCCAGGCCGAGAUGUCGUUUAGCGAAGAUUACCCUUACUCCCCGCCCAAGUUCCGUUUCCUGAACCCGAUCACCCACCCCAACGUGUACCCCGACGGCCAGCUCUGUAUCUCGAUCUUGCACACGCCCGGGGAGGAUGUCAUGUCUGGCGAGUCGGCGUCGGAGCGGUGGACACCGCUGCAUGGUGUGGAGAGUGUGUUGAGAUCGGUGUUGCUGCUGCUGGACGAUCCCGAGAUUGGCUCCCCCGCUAAUGUCGACGCGGGAGUCAUGUAUCGGGAUCGGAGGGAGGAGUAUAACAGGAAGGCGAAGGAGACGGUGGAGUACUCCAAGACAAAGGUGCCCGAGGGGUUUGAGAUGCCGAGGAGCUUUGAGAGUGCGCCGCCGCCGAAGAUGGAGAAUGAUGACGGUUUUUGGCAAGAAAGCGAUGAGGAUUUUGACUUUGGAGGGAGUGAUACCGGCGACGAGGAGAUGGAGGAUUUUGAGGGUGAUGAGGAUGAUGAAGAGGGGGAUGGGGAAGAGGAGGGCAGUGAUGAUGAUGGCAGUGAGGAUGAGGUUGCUUCUGGCGCGGGGACCAAGAAGCGGUGAUCAACAGUUUAUCGCGGGAGAGUUCUUUACGGUCAUUUUACACUUUUCCUUCUGUCUGUCGGUUCGGUUUCCCAUCCGUCUAGCGUGCAUUGCAUGGGGGAACACCUCGAACAUCGAGAAUGGGCGUUUAUGGGCUGGGGAAGGAGGAAAUACUGGGUGAGGGUUCCUUCACAAUGCUUGGCUGGUUGUUUUAUGUUUGUUGGAAGCACGGCGUAUUUAUUUAUGGGAGGCCAGGGAGCGAAAGCAGAAUAGAUGGGCGCGUUCAGGAUUGCGAAUAGCUUUUGUUUGUCUGGUGUGAAAUACAGCGAGGAGUGAUGCUAAAGCUGGUAUACGGGAGAUAUUAAUCGUUUUAUUUACUCUAGAUAACGAGCAAACUAUACAUUACACCGCGAGCUCCUGUCAGUUGCAAACAUAUUCUGUGUCAA